UCUGUGUUUACAACCAGCUGACUUCCGGUGUUUUUUUUUUUUCGCCUGUUCGAGCAAUAUACUGAUCAAUUUAAUCGUGAUACUUUCGAUGUUUUACUCAUAGAACACGACAACUACUUGGUUGUCAGCUCAUCUUGAUGUCAGUUUUCACAAUUGUAAUCAAAUGCAGGGCUAUAGCCCUCUCUAGCAGCUGAAGCACUCAGACCUGCCUUGUCUGCACAUCAUCACCGCCUUCAUCCUGUCUCAACCAUGACCAGCCAGAGAGAACUAGACAUGGUGCACCUCCGCCUUAUCCUAGUCAGUGGAAAAACACAAGACUUCACUUUUUCCCCAAAUGAUUCGGCCACAGACAUUGCUAAGCAUGUGUUUGAAAACUGGCCUGCAGGAUGGGAAGAGGAGCGCGUGAGUAGCCCUAGUAUACUGCGGCUCAUUUUUCAGGGACGCUUCCUUCAUGGCAACGUCACUCUGGGAGCUCUAAAGCUACCUCCUGGACGAACUACAGUUAUGCAUUUGGUGGCCAGAGAGACUCUUCCGGAGCCCAACUCUCAUGGUCAAAGAAACAGAGAGAAAACCACAGAGAGUAACUGCUGCCUCCUCUUCUAAAGCUGUCAGACCUGCAUACAUCCAGCCUUGUUCAUCCUCUUCACUGGCACCCGCUCUGGAGUUCAGAGUCAGGCUGCAGUUUCAUCUGCUUUAGCGUAACUUUUCUCCAAAGUUUGCUUUUGGUGCCAACAUGGUAACAGCAUUCACCUUUUACUAGAAGAACCUUUUAUUCAAAGAUGAAACCACAAUGGACCUGUUUGCAGCAGGACACAUUUCAAGGGUCUACAGUGUGACUGCUGACAACUGAUCUGUGGAGGUUGUGUAUCUAACCCUGCCUUCUUCUCAUAUUGAUGUUCUUCACCUUUAGAGUGGUGUUAAUCUUCUAUGGCACUUCAUCAUCUAACAUAGUGAUUUUACAUUUGAAUAACCAAGAUAAAAUGUGCCAUUCUUCUUGAACUCUUUCUACCCUUGCUUAUCGGUCCAUUCUGCAUUGAACACAUUUGGUGGUAACGUGACCGGGAAUGCCCGAUGGAUGUGCAAGCUGGUAAUCGACAGCAGCCAUCUUUGGAAGAGAUUAAAACGCUGAAAAUGGAGUUUAAUUAUGUUUUUCUCAUUGGCCAUUUGGUGUGGCAAUGCCACCUUUGGCUAAGACUUAAUGAAAUAUUCUUUAUUGAGUAAAGCCGCUAAGGCAGGCCAGUUCAAAGCAGACAGAAGAAGCAGCAUUUGAAGAUGGAGUGUAGGAACAUGGACAAUAACAAGAGGAAAAUCAUGGUAGACAUCCUUCUCUACAUUUGAAACGCUGUCUUUACUUCUUGUUUGCCUUUUAUUGUGGAAUUCAUUAAUAUCAUUAAUAUAAAAUUUAAAUAUCAAUUUUAAUCUUGUGCAUAGGUAUUUGUUGAAUUUUCGUGUGACUGUGUGUGUGGAAGUGAGCCUGGCGUAGUGAAAUGCAUGUGACACUGUACAGUGAGGGCAUGUGGUCUUAAAAUGGUGGUGCACCGGGAAAAAGAUGGAAACCUCUUGAUUCCUUCCAUUGAGUGUCUUGGGUUUUGUGUUUGUUGUCACUUUGUGUCACUGCUAUGAAGUUUAGCUCUGUAUGAACCAUGUAAAGACUAAAAUGCAAGAGGUAAACAAAAGCUUGUAUUAUAAAUUAAUAAAUCUAUAAAUACAGCA